CCACAACCCAACGCAGGCAUUGUUGUGUAAAGUUUCGCAAAACAUUUGCUCUGCGAGCGUACUCGUAAAACGGCGGCGUGUGUUGAAAACUUUCGUUUACAUAAAUAUUAUUACAAGUACAAUGUCGCGAUUAAUUAAUAGCUGUUUAGUACAGAAUUGAAUGACAUUUUUGACAAACCAUUACUUUUUACUCAGUAGGUACAGUUUAUUCUAAAAAAUUGCCACCUUACUCAUCAAACCUCUAUUCGCUUUUGGGUUUCUCUAACAAGCGCGAAUGUUAAAAAUACCAUACGGUUGUCAACGUUUCUGAAUAAGUAAACUCAACUUAAAUAUUUAUCAUAGAAAAAAAAUAUGAUUACCAUCUAUUUGGUAACAGAGGAGGUUGCCUUGCGCAUGCUACGUCUUGAAAUUCCUGAAUAGACAAAGUUGAAUUUAGUUUCAUUUCAUUUUCGAGAGUUGUCAUCUCUCCGACUCAGUGUAACACUCUCCUCACCGGCCGGUAGAAUACGUACAGCUCGGAGGUUAAAAUAGCGUUAGCCGCGAGGUUAUAGCAUUGAUUGGUGACUGGAAACAGCAAAACUUAUCAGGGAACUUAACUAUCGGCGGCAACGCGUUUGUAAUUUAACUAUCGAUAUUGUGCGGCUGUUAUUGAAACAGUGUUUUUUUUAACUUUUUUUGUUAUAUUGUAUUUAUUAUGUCCCUAAUUAAUUUAGGUAACUACACCCUCUAAUAUUGGGGUCUCUCGGAAAUAAAGAGACAAGUUUAUUUUCAAAGUAUGUAAUAUACGGUAAACAUUAAAAUUAAUAAUUUUGUUUGACAACGGUAACAUGAUUAAUUAAAUGUUUAGAUAUUUUUUUCUUAGAUUGUUCAGGACCCGUCGCAUUACGGCUUUUCACGAUUUUACAGCCACUCCUUUGGCCAUACAAAAUUUUCGUUUUUGGAAAAAAAAUCGUAGACACAUUUAUAUGAAUGAAUGGAAAUUAAAGAAUGGAUUUAUGGAAAUAUUGCCUUCAUUCAUGAACAUCAGUGGGGUUCUCCGGAACAUGGGUUCUAUUCAACAAUCGUCAAUAAAUCGUUCAGUGCUUUGUUCAGUUUAGUUUUAUAAAUUAUUCGGCUCUCUUUUGACACAUUCCUCUUGGUCUCUAUGUAUCUAGAAACAGUUUGUUCCUCAUAUUCUUUAGACCUAGAUAGUUCUUUUUCCCGAAAGACCACUUUGAUAUUUUUAAUGUAUGCGCUGCCACUCUAACGGACGUUAAAGCCUUAUAAAUCGAUUUUACUCGGUUAAUAUUUCGAGGUACCGUGGUUGUCCUAUUUCUUCCCGUAAUUUUCUUAAAACUAAUCUCACUGGUUUCUUCAUAACGUCUUAUUAUUAUAACUACAUAGUGUCAGAACCCUAAUUAUGGAAAAGACUCCCGUAUCUCUUGAAUAGUAGAAUACCCGAGAACAUUCAGCAUGAGCCAAAUAAGAAAAAAUUCAAAAGCGCCUUAAAACAGAACUGUACCUACUGCAAACUUGAAUGACAAUUGUACAUGUGGAAGUGCCACUUAAGUGUUUAGAUUUAAUAAUAACUUAAAAUUCGUACUAAAAAUAUAUGUGUUGUAGGGACUCCUACAUGCAGUCAAACUGUAAAUACAGUUUUGCAGGGACAUGUCUAGUUAUAAGCUCUGUACUGUGUUAUGAUAAUAAUAAUCAAUAAAUAAAUACAAAAAGAGGUUUUUCUGAAAUUUUUAUCUCGCGUACCUGCUGAGUUUGGGCAGUAUCUUAAUUACGAGUAUGUCGUGAUAAUAAAUUACUUACUCUUUAAUGGACAUCGUUCGAUUUGCAAUCCGUGAGUUAAAAUAUAAAAGAACUAGUUGGUUUUGAAAAUGUAUCAGUUCACAACAGUUCUUUAUUCGAGUAUAACGAAUUAAUACGAUAAUUUUAAAAUGUAUUGCAAGGUAUCUAAAAGUUGCUUUACAAAUUUAACUAGUGCGUUCAAUAAACUCUGGACCUCAAAAUUUGGAUACUAAACCAAAAUGUCAACAUUACAGAUUUUGUGUCUCGCUGCUCUGGUGGGGUCGGUGACCGCUCAGCACGGGCAUGAGCAUGCGCAUUCUUCGCAGCACAUCUCCAAGCACGAUGGACACGCGGAGGCGGUCAUCAUCAAGGACCACCACGGUCACGAGAAGCACGUUGACUACUACACGCAUCCCAAGUACGAGUUCAAGUACGAGGUGGAGGACAAGCACACGGGCGACCACAAGACGCAGCACGAGCACCGCGACGGCGACAUCCUCAAGGGCUUCUACAGCCUGCACGAGCCCGACGGCUCCAUCAGGGACGUGCACUACCACAGUGACAAAAAGACUGGUUUUCACGCGGAAGUAAAACACAGCACCCAUCACAUAGUUCCUAAACAUCAUGUGCUUGUCGCCGUGGUAGUGGACGUGUCUGAUGGAACCAUCAGGCUCAUGCAGGCUGUAGAAGCCCUUGACAACGUCGCCGUCGCGGUGCUCUUGCUGGGUCUUGUGGUCGCCCGUGUGAUGGUCAUCCACUUUAUUUUGGGUCUAGCUGCUCUGGUGGGGUUGGUGAUCGCUCAGCACGGGCAUGAGCACGCGCACUCGUCGCAGCACAUCUCCAAGCACGACGGUCAUGCGGAGGUGGUCAUCAUCAAGGAUAACCACGGUCACGAGAAGCACGUCGACUACUACAAAAUGUUACAGUCGCAUCCGAAGUACGAGUUCAAGUACGAGGUGGAGGACAAGCACACGAGCGACCACAAGACGCAGCACGAGCACCGCGACGGCGACGUUCUCAAGGGCUUCUACAGCCUGCACGAGCCCGACGGCUCCGUCAGGGACGUGCACUACCACAGUGACAAAAAGACUGGUUUUCACGCGGAAGUAAAACACAGCACCCACCACAUAGUUCCUAAACAUCAUCAUCAUUAAGGGUAUUUUAAGUUUAAUUAUUAUGCAUUGUUAGUUUCAGAUAUGUUUUGUUAUAACUUUUGUUUUUGUGAAAUACAUAUCUUAGUUACAUAAAUCCUCUUGUGUAUAAUUUAAACGUAGGUAGUAAUUUACAAUUUUUUUUCUCAACAAUGAACGGCAAGAUUGACAUGGCUAGUUGCGUAAUUUAUGAUCAAUCGAGGUAAAUUUGAAAACAUUUGAAAACAUAGGUGAAGAAAUUUAAGAGUGUAUGUGAAGAUUGUGAAGUAUCCGGACCGAUAUGACCUUUAAACCUUCAAGAAAAGAGCGUACUCUCAUCUUAAAUGCCGGGUUGCGGGUGUCCAUGGGCGGCGGUAUCGCUUACCAUCAAGUGAUCCGUCUGCUCGUUUGCCUCAAGCCCGCAUUGGGCUAGCGGGGGAACUUUAAGACCAAGCCCUCUCGCGCAUGAUGUCAGGGCUAUAACCGCGAAAAUCGAAGUUCGUCAAUUGCGGGCUUUUUUCUCUAUCACUCUAACUACGACUUAGUGAGAGUAAAAGAGAAAGAUCCCCGCUAUUUGCGAAUUUCGGUUUUCGCGGUAGGCCCCCUGGCCUGUGCCCGGUAUAGGGACGGAUGUAGGCUGAAUUAUUAUAUCAUUAUUGACAGCCGGAUUGAUGAUUAAAUUUUCAGAUAUAAAUGUAUCUUCUUCUUGUAUAUUAACCAUAACUAUAUAUAAUAAAUAUUAUACUUUUAAGUCUAUUCAGUUUUUAGUUUUUUUUUAGUUUUGCAAAAUGACAGAGCCAUACAUUUACUCAGAUUUAAGUUCGGCUCGCGAGGUCUACAGCUCACAGAUCCAUUAGUAGGUACAAUAUCAUAUUCAGUAAUAUUAAAAAUCACUACUUACUUCAUUAGGGUCCAAAGUUUGUGAAGAA